AUGCAUUUUCCGACAUUAGAAGAUGCAUAUUUGUACUACAAGGAAUAUGGGCGACAAGGUGGUUUUGAUGUGCGUAAGUCUACCAAGAAAACUGAUCGUUAUGGUAAUAUUUUAGCUAAAUACAUGCAGUGCAGCCGCGGUGGCAACCCGUAUGCAAAUAAGCUGAGGGAUAGUUCAGGUAAUUAUGUUGAGGGUCCAAGUAGGAGGACAUCAUCACAAAGAUGUUUUUGUAGGGCUCAGAUAAUUCUUAAACCAGCUGCUAUUCGAGGAUUUGUGAUUAUGGGUUUUGAAGAGGAGCACAAUCACCCUCUUGCAACUGGACGCAAUAAAAUGUUUCUUCGUUGUAAUCGUAAUGUGUCGGUUGCUUAUCAGGAUUUUAUAGUUGACUUUGGUAGAGCUAAUAUAGGACCAACACGUGCACAUAGUCUCGUGAAGGAGAUGACUGGUUCUUAUGAUAAUGUUGGUGCCACAAUCAGUGACUUUAAAAAUUUCUCUCGGGAUGUUAAAGUCCGCAUUGAAGCCAAAGAUACCGACCAGCUCUUGUCUAAAUUCAAAACCAGAAGAGCGUCACCUGAUGAAGGUUUCUAUUACGAUUAUAAGCUCGACAAAAAGGGUCGUUUGUCAGGCCUUUUCUGGACAGAUGUCAUUGGUCGGGCAAAUUAUGAUGCAUACGGAGACAUGAUUUCAUUUGAUCCCACAUUCCGAACUAACAGGUUUCAUAUGGUAUUUGUACCGUUCACCGGUGUUGAUAAUCACUGGAAGAACGUCACGUUUGCUGCAGGAUUAUUAGCCAAGGAAAAUUAUAAGAAUUUCAAAUGGUUGUUGACGUCAUUCAAGAAAGCCAUGGGUCGUGCCCCCACAACUGUGAUUACUGACCAGUGCAAAGCUAUUAAGAAAGCUAUUUCGAAAUGGUGGAGUUCAUCUAGACACCGUCUCUGUAUGUGGCACAUAAUGGCGAAGUUCCCAUCAAAGAUUGGUCCCAAGCUAGCAUCGAAUAAAAAGUUUGUUAGCAAAUUAAAGGAUGCGGUUUACUCUGAUCAUCUCACGCCUGUUCAGUUCGAGGAACGCUGGGAAGCCGUUAUUGCUGAGUUCAAUUUGGUUUUAAACCCCUGGUUGAGUAAAAUGUUUUCUAUUUGCGCUCAAUGGAUUCCAGCUUAUUUCUCAGACAUUGAAAUGGCUGGUUUAUUGAGAACGACAUCUAGGUCUGAGAGCUCGAAUUUCUACUUCCAGCAUUUUCAUGACAGCGGAGACACGUUAGUAGAAUUCUGGUCUAGCUUUGAAAGUGCCAUGGAUAGACAACGUAUGAGGAAUGCUGAUGAUGAAAAGAAAUCUCAAAAAAUCCCGCUGACGGAUAUAACACUGGCCAAUGAAUCAGAUGCAGCAAAUCUUUAUACUUUGGAGCUCUUUUAUUUGGUUCGAGAAGAGAUUAAGUCCGGUUGCUACCACACAAUUGUCGAAUCUAUGUUUAGGGAUGAUGAUUGCUCUCAUUUCAAAUUUAAAGACGUGCUUCUUAAUGAUCAGGUGUUUGAGGUUUCCUUGCGGCAUUGUGAUAAUCAUGUGAUUUGUAGCUGCAAGUUUUACUUCAGGCGAGGCUAUCUAUGUAGACAUUCAUUUGCUGCCUUGCAUCAGUGCUGUGUUAAGACCAUACCACACCAAUUUCUUAAGGCUAGAUGGACUAAGAAUGCACUACAAGAACAUUCUUUUCUGGGUUCUAACCACGUUGAUGCAGAAUACGACAACAAAGAAAGGAGAAAGCUAAAAAGGACCCGUGCUUGGUUUGAAUUUAAGAGCCUAAUCAACAUUGCCUGGGACAACGAGGAGAAGGUGGACGAAAUUUUAGGCACUAUGAAAAAGAUGAACAACUCGUUUUCAGAAUCAACAAGGGCACAAACAAACAAUGUUGUGGCUCACAGAGCUGAUAGGUUCAUCCCCCCGGCCGAAAUCAAUGAGCUUAGACAAAGUGACUUGGUUGCUUCAUCAGACUAG